AUGACAAUGACGUCUUCAUACAACAACAACAGCAACUUCACUGGCGACUAUGGCAACGCCACAACAAUGACUAAUCCACUAAUUCAUGAAAAAAUUUUUCUCCAGACGACAGCUGCCCAAGCCGUCGCGGGCAUUUUGGCGGUCCUAGCUAUCAUCCUGACAUCUAUCCAUAUCUACUUUCACUUACGUUACUACACUAAUCCGGCCAUCCAGAGGUGGAUAGUCCGGAUCUUGUUCAUCGUCCCCAUCUACGCCUUCGACUCCUGGCUCAGUCUGCUCUUUUUCAGCUACGACCACUACUACGUCUACUUUAAUACCGUUCGCGAUUGUUACGAAGCCUUCGUCAUAUACAGUUUUUUGAGUCUGUGCUUCGAGUACUUAGGUGGUGAGGGUAGAAUUAUGAAUGAGAUAAAUGGCAAGCCAAUCAGAUCGAGUUGUCUCUAUUGUACGUGCUGCUUGUCCGGCAAGCUUUUCAAUAUUACAACUUUGAGGUUCUGUAAGCAGGCUACCCUGCAGUUUUGUAUUGUGAAGCCAUUGAUGGCGGUGAUAACUCUGGUUCUGCAGUCCCAAGGACUGUACAAGGACGGAGAUUUCUCCCCCCAAAGCGGCUACCUCUACAUCACCAUCAUCUACAACGUCAGCAUCAGUCUGGCUCUCUACGCUCUCCUCCUGUUUUACUUCUGCACGAAAGAUUUGCUCACCAGAGCGGACCCAGUUCUCAAGUUUCUCGUCGUCAAAAGCAUCAUCUUUGUUUCUUUUUGGCAGGGCGUCUUACUAGCGAUCCUUGAACGUGCCGGCCUCAUCAGUCCGCUCUACUCCCACGAUGGGGUUUUCAUCGCCGGAACGGGAACUGUCUCAGCUGGGUACCAAAACUUCAUCCUCUGCGUCGAGAUGCCCCUGGCAGCUGUCGGUCUGUGGUUCGCCUUCCCAUACAAACUCUACAAAAAUCUUCAUCCAUUGGUGGCUAUGGACGCGGCUGCAAACAGCGGUGCGGCUGGAAAUGGUGGCGGCGAGGCAGGUAGGUCGACCGAGAUGUCGGUGAAGAAGUUGCAGAGCAUUUCCUCGAACUUGAAAGAGACGAUCAACCCUCGUGACGUCAUGGUUGACGUCAUACACAACUUCCACCCCCACUACCAGGGAUACACCCAACAUUCAGCCAGCACGAGUGCAGGUUACGACCAGUCAUACCCUCGCUGGCAUCAUCAUCAGGAUUCCGGAGAUCAAAACAAAUAUGGCGAUGGCGGCCAUCUUGUGACUUCCGUCGGGAAUGAUAACCAUCGCUACGGAAAUACAUACGGAUCGUCGACUAAUGAUUUGCAGGCUCCCUACGGAAUGUUGAACGGCGACGCCGGCGGUAUGUGGGAUUCAAAUCUAUUUGUCGGAGGUUACGGAUACCAGGCCAAUAAGAGGGACAAAGAAAAUUACCAACACCAGCAGCUGCAGGUUCCGACACAUCCACUUCCGGCUCCUCCUGCCGAGUCAGUUCCAUCUUCAUCCAUGCUGGUGGCAGACAUUGUUGGCAACGAUGACGUCAUCGAUUUGAAUGGCGGAAACAAUGCUGUUGCUGCUAUAGCAGCUUCUUCUACUGCUGCUACUACUGCUGCGGGUAGCAAUGAAAUGCGAUUGAGAAAAACAAGUUCAGAAACUAAGAAGAACAACAACAAUAAUAAUAAUAAUAAUAAUAAUAACAGCGUAAAAAACACGGCAACAAGUGCAUCCGCUGACGUAACAGAUAAUUUAUCUUCACUAGAUGGCGGGAAAUUCGAACCGGAAGUGGCCAUCAUGCCGGGUUUGAGCGCCAAAAAGUUUAGUGAAAAGUCAAAUCUGUUGAAGUUUAAUGAUGUCUGA